CAACACUACAAAUCUAUUACAUUUAUUGAGAAUUAUCGAAAUGGUGUGAUGGGUUAUGAGAAGUAGAGGAUUCAGUUCAUUCGAUUUUAUCAUGAUGAUCACUAUUUUUGGUAUCAUAACCACAGUUCUGUUUAUCACAACUAGUGGUUCGUCUGAAGUAGUGCAGAAAAAGAAAAGACUUACACCCCAACAGAAACGUGAUGUCCGCGGAGCAGAAAUAGCGGGACUAGCUUACAACAACCACCCUAGCAGUGAAGACACUUGUAAAUUAGAAGGUCUUGAUGAGAUUCUAGUUGUACGUGUUCCUGGAACUCCUGCUAAUAGGGCUGUCAGGGAUUACCUGGUGAAGAGAGUAAAACGUUUAGGUUGGACUGUGGAACUGGACACAUUCACCCAGAACACUAUUAUUGGUGAGACGGAGUUCAGUAAUGUUAUUGGUUACAGUAACCCCAGUGCAAAGAAACACGUGGUCAUCACAGCUCACUACGACUCUAAGAUAAUGGAGCCAGUAAAUGGCAAAUAUUUUCUAGGUGCUGUUGAUUCAGCGGUUCCCUGCGCUAUGAUACUAAGCAUGAUGGAUAACCUUAACAAGCUGUUAAUGAAGAGACAACAAACGGAUCCGGACAGAGGAAUUAUUGUAGUUUUCUUUGAUGGUGAGGAGGCAUUUAAAGACUGGACCAAGACGGACAGUAUUUAUGGUUCUACUCAUUUGGCCGAGAAAUGGAAAAACGAGGGAUUUUUUGAGAAAAUGGAGUUGUUCGUGUUGUUGGAUCUAAUUGGAGCUAAAAACCCCUCGUUUCUAAGCUCUUUCACUUCCACACAACACCACUUCCAACGGAUGUUCCAACUUGAAAAGGAAUUGCAAGGUUUGGGCUUGUUUGCUGACAAAGUCGAAGGUAAAAUGUACUUCAAGGAGAAAGGCAAUAGUUGGGGGAUAGAAGAUGACCAUAAACCCUUUCAAAAUAGAGGUUUUGUAGACAUAGUGCACCUGAUCUCAACUCCUUUUCCUCCUCAAUGGCACAAGUUAACGGACGAUGGUGAACACCUUGACUGCCCUACCAUACACAAUCUGAUGAAUAUUUUCCAGCUGUGGAUCGCAGAGCUAUUUAACUUGCACAAACUCAUUAACAUUGUCGAGAACAACGGGAAUGUGAGCAAUGCUUCGUAUUCGUCACGUGACCGGAGACACUGUUUUACUUAUUCCUUGACUCACUUGUUGCCCUUUGGGUUUACAUGGCAACGUGAGGUAAAAUAAAUUUAAAUAAAGAAGAAACAAACCCACUUAAUGGAUGCCAUGUACAGAGGAGCAUGCACUAAAGUUGGAAGUUAGCGAGUAUUAAUCGUCUAUAAGUUCAUUAAGUAAAGUUUAAACCGUGAUUACUAUUUGCCAUUCCUCGCAUGUUUCACAUUCCUCACGUGUUUUCUGAUGAGUUUAAUGUUUUCGAAAUAUUUUACCCUUCUUGGGAUCAAUGAUAGUCAUAACAUGCUAUUAUGAUCAAAUAAUGAAAGUAUUUACAAUAAACUUAUGUUAUUUUACUUGAUGUUUAUCUUGGUAAUACCCCCCCCCCCUCCUCACCAUGUGACACUUUUGGUAUUUUGUGUUGUGUUUGUGCAAGACUACCUACUUUUAGUACGUCGUAAAUUUCAGAUGUAAAUUUGGUAAAUUAUUUCAGACUUUUGAGUGUAUAAGAUUGAACAGGUUGUGUGUGAUAAUUAAUCAGUACAGGUUUAAUGAUGUAAUUAGCAAAUUAUUUAGAUAAAUAACCCCAAUUUUCACAGACAAUGAAAUGACACUCACCCAAUCCCUCUACUGUAACUAUAUAAUACUAUGACAUUUUAAAACACUGUGAAAUACGAGGCUGUUUAUUUUGAAGUUUUAAAAGUUUUAAUAUGCAAUAUUCUAACUCAUCAUAGCUUCAUAGUAUAUUAUACUCGUAAUAUCCAUUCUGUAAAUUCUGUAGAUUCUGUUCAUGCCAUUUCAUUCUUCAAAGCCUAUUAGCAUUGAGUGUGCUGAUUAUAAAAAUGUAAACUUUAAUUUUGAUCUUUUAAG